AAGAGGGCCAGGAGAAAGGCAGCGGCAGAGGGCGGAAGCUCCAAUGUCUUCUCCAUGUUCGAUCAGACCCAGAUCCAGGAGUUCAAGGAGGCCUUCACAGUAAUUGACCAGAAUCGUGAUGGCAUUAUUGACAAGGACGACCUGCGGGAAACCUUCGCAGCCAUGGGGCGUCUCAAUGUGAAGAAUGAGGAGCUAGAUGACAUGAUGAAGGAAGCCAGCGGGCCCAUCAACUUCACUGUCUUCCUGACCAUGUUUGGGGAGAAGCUCAAAGGUGCCGACCCUGAGGAUGUGAUCACUGGAGCCUUCAAGGUCCUGGACCCUGAGGGGAAGGGCACCAUCAAGAAGCAGUUCCUGGAGGAGCUGCUUACCACGCAGUGUGACCGCUUCUCCCGGGAAGAGAUCACAAAUAUGUGGGCGGCCUUCCCCCCCGACGUGGGCGGCAACGUAGACUACAAGAACAUGAGCUACAUCAUCACGCAUGGCGACGCCAAGGACCAGGAGUAGCGGACCCUCUUAGGCCUCUGCUGGGCAACGCCUU